AUGAACACGCGAUCGUGUUGUCCACGCAAGCGCGUAGCGGUUGUGCUAGGGUACGCAAAUUCAUGUCCUGCUAGGAGGACUUUACGUCAUACAGUACCCGAAAACCAUGGUGAGUGCGAACGUGCGCCGAGAAAUCUCGUUGUUUUCGUGGAAGAGGUAAUGGUAAUCGAAUUCAAUGAUCUGCCGCCUGAACUGGUGAUUGCCAUAGUGUCACGACUCACCUAUGGUGAUAUGUGCAACUGUCUGACGUUGAACAAGAAGACGAGAAGUAUCAUCAACACUAACCUUCAUCUAAUUCCUCGAAUGUGGAUCACUAACAUCUCACUUGUUAGAGAAGAGAAAUCCUGCUUCAAGCUCUCGGUUUCCCGGAACUCUUUCAAGAGUCCGAAGAAAAAUUGGUUAUGUUCAUUGAAGGAGAACUCAAAUGCUGCCAAGAAGACUCGUCCUUGUUAUGAUAUUACUGACUUUUAUAACAAUGACGGCUUUUAUGGAAUGAAGUGGGAUAAGGCGAACAAAUCUACCGAAUUUCUUGUGUCCUCUAUACAAAAUUCAUUGGAAGAACAUCUCAGUUUUGUUUUGCAAAAAGCGAAUGUAUUAUGCCUCAAGUUGGUUGAUCUCAAUGGUGCUGAUCUGGAAGUUGUUACAAAUGUUUUGCGCCUUUCUAAAGCAAGAGUUAGCCAUUUGCAGUUAGUAAUCAAUAGAACAAUGUCAUCCGAAAUCGUCUCUGUUAUCGAUGCUACAGGUGCUGAAACCAUUGACAUAGUAUUGUCCGACGGUGAUUUCUUCAGAAGUCUUCCUUUUCAAAGUCGAAUUUUCCGAAAGGCAUGGUCCGUAACGGUAAGAACAUCCAGUGAGAAUGUAUCGGACGUAUUGGAUAUUGGUGACAACGAUUUGUUAGCGUUGAAAGCAGAUUCGAUAGAGUUUUUCGGAACAACAAGUAUAACGACGGAAGGUGCCCGGAGAUUGGUUCAGGAAUGGAUAGCAGGCCGGAGGAAGAUUUCUCUAGUCUACUUCAGACAUACGGAGGACUACGAUUUUUCGGAGUUGUUACAUGGCAUUCCACAUAAGGGUACCACCUUCCCAAUAGCUGUAAUUCGUCCAGAUGGAGAAGAGUUGAGGAUGACUUGGGAUUCGUCGAAAUUCCGCUGUUUCACUGAUGAAGCUGACGAUGAGGGUGAUGAUGAGUUUCCUGACCCAUUAUGA